CUGUUGAAUGGGUGCUGCUGUGACAGAUCGCUGUGUGUUGCUUGGUGUUUAAAUUUUUACCCGAACCAUCAUCAUGUCCAAACCACUGUCAGACCACGACAAAAAGAAGCAGAUUUCUGUGAGGGGACUCGCCGGUGUGGAGAAUGUCGCAGACUUGAAGACAAACUUUAAUCGCCAUUUGCAUUUCACGCUGGUAAAGGACAGGAAUGUAGCUACAAAACGGGAUUAUUACUUUGCUCUCGCGAACACAGUCAGAGACCAUUUGGUAGGCAGAUGGAUCAGAACACAGCAGAGUUAUUACGAGAAAGACCCCAAACGUGUGUACUACCUCUCUCUGGAGUUCUACAUGGGUCGUACCCUGCAGAAUACCAUGGUGAACCUGGCUUUGGAGAACGCUUGUGAUGAGGCCAUGUAUCAGCUGGGUCUAGACAUGGAGGAGCUCCAGGAGAUGGAGGAAGAUGCUGGACUUGGAAACGGAGGCCUUGGCCGUCUGGCUGCUUGCUUCCUGGACUCUAUGGCCUCUCUUGGCCUGGCUUCUUAUGGUUAUGGCAUUCGCUAUGAAUUCGGAAUCUUCAACCAGAAAAUCGCCAAUGGCUGGCAGGUUGAAGAGGCAGAUGACUGGUUGCGGUAUGGUAACCCAUGGGAGAAAGCCCGUCCAGAAUAUAUGCGCCCUGUGCAAUUUUAUGGUAGGACAGAGCAUCACCCAGAUGGAAUCAAAUGGGUGGACACUCAGGUUGUCUUGGCUUUGCCAUAUGACACCCCUGUACCCGGCUACAGAAACAACAUAGUAAACACCAUGAGACUGUGGUCUGCCAAGGCCCCUUGCGAUUUUAACCUGAAGGACUUUAAUGUUGGUGGCUAUAUUCAGGCCGUGCUAGACAGGAACUUGGCUGAGAACAUCUCUCGUGUGCUCUACCCUAAUGACAACUUCUUUGAGGGUAAGGAGCUCAGACUGAAGCAGGAGUACUUUGUGGUGGCUGCGACUCUCCAAGACAUAAUUCGUCGCUUCAAGACCUCCAAGUUUGGCUCCAGGGAGACUGUGCGCACUGAUUUCAGCACUCUGCCUGAGAAGGUGGCCAUUCAGCUGAAUGACACUCACCCUGCCUUGGCUAUCCCUGAGUUGAUGAGAGUGCUGGUUGAUGAAGAGAAGCUACCCUGGGAGAAGGCGUGGGACAUCUGUGUGAAGACCUGUGCCUACACCAACCACACUGUGCUGCCUGAGGCUCUGGAACGCUGGCCUAUCGACCUGUUCCAUACCCUGCUGCCCCGCCACCUCGAGAUCAUCUAUGAGAUAAAUCGACGCCACCUGGAGCGCAUUGCAUCUCUUUACCCCGGCGAUGUGGACCGUCUGCGCCGCAUGUCUAUGAUUGAGGAGGGCUCACAGAAGAGAGUCAACAUGGCUCAUCUGUGUAUCGUUGGCUCUCAUGCAGUCAAUGGUGUAGCCCGUAUUCACUCUGACAUCCUCAAAGCUACCGUAUUCAAAGACUUCUAUGAAAUGGACCCACACAAGUUCCAGAACAAAACAAAUGGAAUCACCCCUCGCCGCUGGUUAGUCAUGUGCAACCCUGGCUUGGCUGAGGUCAUUGCAGAGAGAAUCGGAGAGGACUUCAUCCGUGACCUGGAUCAGCUGCAGAAACUUCGCAAUUUUGUUAAUGACGAGGCUUUUAUUCGCGAUGUUGCAAAAGUGAAACAGGAGAACAAACUAAAGUUUGCUGUGCACCUGGAAGAGCACUACAAAGUAAAGAUCAACCCCAACUCCAUGUUUGACGUUCAAGUCAAGAGAAUUCAUGAGUACAAGAGGCAGUUGCUCAACUGUCUGCACAUCAUCACUUUCUACAACCGUAUCAAGAAGGAGCCUAACAAGGAGUGGACCCCAAGAACAAUUAUGAUUGGUGGAAAAGCUGCUCCAGGCUACCACACUGCUAAAAUGAUCAUUCGUCUCAUCACGGCUAUUGGUGAGGUGGUCAACAAUGACCCCGUGGUGGAUGACCGUCUCAAAGUCAUUUUCCUGGAGAACUACAGGGUCACACUUGCAGAGAAAGCUAUCCCUGCAUCUGACUUAUCAGAGCAGAUCUCCACAGCUGGCACAGAAGCUUCUGGAACAGGCAAUAUGAAGUUCAUGCUGAAUGGAGCUCUGACUAUCGGCACCAUGGACGGAGCCAAUGUGGAGAUGGCAGAAGAAGCAGGAGAGGACAACUUCUUCAUCUUUGGCAUGAGAGUGGAUGAUGUUGAAGCCAUGGAUGUUAAAGGAUACAAUGCAUUCGAGUACUACAGUCGUAUUCCUGAGCUGAAGCAGGCCAUUGACCAGAUUGCAGGUGGCUUCUUCAGUCCAAAACAACCAGACCUCUUUAAGGACAUCGUCAACAUGCUAAUGCACAAUGAUAGGUUUAAAGUGUUUGCUGACUAUGAAGACUACAUGAAAUGCCAAGAGAAAGUCAGCGCUUUGUAUAAGAAACCUAAGGAAUGGACCAAGAAGGUGAUCAUGAACAUCGCCGGUUCUGGCAAGUUUUCUAGUGACCGCACCAUCGCUCAGUAUGCCCAUGAUAUCUGGGGUGUAGAGCCCACUCUGGAGAAGCUUGCGGCACCUGAUGACCUAUAAAACAUCUCCACCUGUCCCUCUCUUGAUCACCAACCAAGUGCAACCAUAAUUGAUUAUGAAGACAGCAACACUAGAUGUUCCCUCUGAAUGAAUGCAGAUAUAGCUGUCUUGUUCUUUAUUUUGGCAAUGCUUUAUGUCAUGGUUCACCUUGACCAGUCUGUCAAUCUUCAAUCUGUGCUGCCUCAAACAAACUCAUUUACCCAGUAAACAAUCCAUAAGUUCAACAAACUCCAUAACUAUUAGCAAAAGCGCCUUUCAGUGGCAACUGUGAUGAUCCGGGAUUCUGAUAACUUUGAAUUUACUCAUUCAUUAUGAGCAGGAGACACAUCUUGUCCCAGAAGAGUCUUUGAUGGAACACCCUGUGGUGUUAAAGUGAUGUUAUCUUUUGUUUUGUGUUUGAACUGUUAAAAAACUUCAUAUUCUGAAUAAAAUCCAAUUAAAUCUGGUCUCAAA